AUGUGGAGAGGAGGGAGCUGGAGAGGAGGGAGCUGGAGAGGAGGGAGAGGAGGCAGUCGCCCUCCUGGUCCGCGAAAUGAACCGAAUGAGACCAGAGACAGCAGUAAGCCUUGCUUUCACUUCCAGAGAGGACAGUGCAAGUUUGGAGAAAGCUGCAAGUUCUCUCAUGAUGCCAGCAGCGCGGCUGGACAAGAUCGUGCCAGGGACAAGCCAUUUCGUCCUGAAGAUCUUGGAAGCCGUGAAGAGUAUUACGAAUGGAAGCGUCUCCUACGCAAGCCCACACACGACUUCGACCCAUCUGACGCAUUCCAGCUUGCUGAUAAGCUCUGGAAAGGUGCUCGGGAAAUUCUAGACGGCGACAAUCUGGAGAAACACCAAGAGCUGGCAAGAGAACUUGUCAAGGACGCUUUCCAUGGUCCAGAAUGGAUCACAUACGUUUCCAAAAACGCAACAUUUACCGAAAGCAAUCAGCUCAUGUGUGUCAAGAAUCUUCUCAAAGUCAUCACUCAUCCUUCUAUCAAACCGCUAUCCAUCGACCCCCACGUUGGCGCCAUGUAUGUCUUGCUGGGAGGCACCAACGGCGAACAGGGAAUUGCUCUUUUGUCCCGCAUGUGCAAUAGACUCUUGAGACACAUCAAAGCAUCUGGCGGAUCACCGGGCUCUACCAUCAAAAGUAUGGUUGACGUUAUUAUCAAAGCAUUUCAUGAACUGCUUAGCAAGGUCCAACGAGCUCAGUUCUCGGAUGGAACUCCCGGGCUUCUCAAGUCAUUGGACAAACUUGUUGAUGAGUUAACUGAGAGCGCAUCAAAAGCCGACCUAGAUGGACUCAAAACUCGCCUGGAAAUCAUCAAGAGAGUCGUCUCUGGCUCAACUGGCCGUAUUCUUGCAACGCAAGAUGCAUCAAAGGACAGCAGUAAGGAGCCAAAGCUCGUCACCUCUUCGUUCCCCCAAGCGGUAGCAAUUCCUGGCGGUCGACAUGACAAUGAUUUUGCAGAUAUCUCCGAUGUAUCACUUCUCCCAACCCAAGGAGAGAUUACUAGCGUGCAUGAAGACUAUCUGCCUUCGACAAACUUCCUCCACCCACACGUCCUCCGAGAUCCCAUGCAACGAUAUAUCGACUCGAUAUUUCGACUUGUCCGACACGACACACUUGGCCCAGUGAACGAUGUUCUUCGAGAUGUUCUUGCCUCGGACAAUGUCACGACUGCCCGGUUGACCGACAGAAAUAGUCAGGCACAAGUCUAUCACUCGUCAAUUGUCUCUCGUAUCUUCAUCCAUGAGAGAAGGGGCCUUGAAGCGAUCGUCUCAUUUGCUGCACCAACCUACAUUGCCCGGAAGUCGCCCGCAGACCAACGAGACUGGUGGCAAAGAUCUCCUCGACUGGGAGAAGGCACACUGUUAUGUUUUGUCACUUCUGACACGGAGCACCAAGAUCAGAGGCUUCUUUUCCUACAAGUUACCUCCAAAACAAUCGAGUGGAGUCCAGCAAUGAAGUUAGCAACGCACAAGCAGAGCGAUCUCAACUUUCUUGUUCGAACUUUCCGAGAGAACGUCGGGGGUGUCUUGGUCGACUUCAACGGAAUCAUUCCUGAGACCUUCAUACCGAUCCUGAGGAACCUACAAACGAUUAAGCGCGAGAACCACAUUGCCUUUCAGAAUUGGAUCCUCCCAGCUCCCGAAGGAGUUCAUCCCAUGCAGCCGCCUUUGUAUGCUCGUAAAGCUAGGUUCAUGUUCCCGCUCCGCUCCAUCACAAAAGGCGGCAACCGCAAUAUUUACCUGGAUCCUAACUCAAAGCUUGAAAACAUCAACUUGAAGGAGAUCGAAGACGCGACGGGGCUGGAUCAUGGCCAAUGUCUUGGCCUGGUUGGGGCCCUUACACGGGAGUAUGCACUCAUCCAAGGUCCACCCGGAACUAGAAAGUCCUAUCUCGGUGUACAGCUUGUCAGAACUUUGCUUGCUGUCAAGGAACAAGCAGACUUGGGGCCAAUUCUCAUCAUAUGCUACACAAACCAUGCGUUGGAUCAAUUCCUUAAGCAUCUCCUCGAUGUCGGAAUCGAUGCCAUUAUUCGCAUUGGCGGACGUAGUGUCGCUGAAGAACUUGAUGGCAAAAACCUUCGGACUGUCAGCAGAGAAACCCCGAAGACACGGGUCGAGGCUCAGAUUCUAGGUGAGGCCUACAGCGAGCAGGAAAAGUCUUUGGAAUCCGCCGCUUGUGCAUUGGGUACGUUGGUCAAAGCCCGCAGGGGAGCGAGCUGGGAGGGACUAGAACGACACAUACAGUCUAAGUAUCCCCUGAUCUAUCGACAACUGGGCCGGGUAGACGAUGAAGGUUUCGAGAUGGUCAGCAAGGAUCCUCUCAAAACCUGGAUGGGAAUCCGACCUCCGCCAACAACAGACUGGCAAACUUCUCUGGAAGACAUCAUAAAGCUCGCAGAGGAAAGCGUUCAUCUCCUACCACCAGCAGAGCGUUGGAUUCUCGUGGAACAUUGGCUGGAAGAACUACAAGAGGACCAGCUUGGCAUGCUGUACGAAGCUCUCGACGACUUUGACGGGCACCGCAAAGCCAUAUACCGAACACACGAUGCUGUCGAUGAACGAACUCUUACUAGAGCUGAUGUCAUUGGAAUCACAACAACUUCUUUGGCUGGACGCAUCGAGUUGUUGAGAAACUUGGAUUUCAAGGUUGUUUUGUGCGAGGAAGCGGGUGAGCUGAAAGAGUCAGACAUCAUCUCUUCCCUCAAGUCUGGCAUCAACAACUUCAAUCUGAGUCUCGAGUCAGCUUCAGGACGGUACUGGCAGCUGGAUCGCAGUCAAUUCGAGCGACGAGCUACUGGUGAGCCUGGUCUUGCUCCAGCACCAUUUGACCAACUCAACGUCCAACGCAGAAUGAGACCCGAAAUAUCGCAGCUCAUCCGACGAGUUUACCCCAACCUCGAAGAUCACACUAGUGUCAAUGAUCUUGGUAAUGUCGUUGGCAUGCGCAAGAACUUGUUCUGGCUUGACCAUAAUCAUCCAGAGGACACUGGGGGUGAUGGAACCCGUGUCAAGUCGCACAGCAACGUGUGGGAGACCGAAAUGGCGACUGCACUCGUUCGACACCUUGUUCGACAAGGAGAGUACAAAACUGAAGACAUCGCGCUUCUCACUCCUUACACUGGACAGCUCCAGCAGCUUCGUGCCGCGCUAGGCAAGGAUUUCGAGAUUUGUCUGAGUGACCGUGACAUGAACCAGCUUGCACAAGAAGGAUUCGAAGAUGACUCCGCAGAAAAUGGAGGCGACAGAAAGAUGAUCGAGAAGAAGCAACUCCUCCAAACCAUUCGCCUUGCCACAGUCGACAACUUUCAAGGCGAGGAAGCCAAAGUCAUCAUCGUAUCCCUGGUUCGAAGCAACGCACAGCGCAAAGUAGGUUUCCUUCGUACAGAGAAUCGAAUCAAUGUUCUUCUCAGCCGAGCCAAGAACGGAAUGUACUUGAUUGGAAAUUCCGAGACCUAUCUUAACGUCCCGAUGUGGGCCGAUGUUCACCAGCAGCUCUCUCUGGCUGAUUGUGUUGGCAAUGAGAUUGAACUGUGUUGUCCUCGUCACAAAGAUACCCCUCUCACAUGCUCUGAGCCAGCAGAUUUUGCGUUGAAGAGCCCUGAAGGUGGCUGUAUUCUUCCCUGUUCCCGACGACUCGAACCAUGUGGCCAUCGAUGCCAGGCACGUUGCCAUUCAGAGACGCUUCACGAUGCGUUCUCUUGUCAGCAGCCUUGCCCUCGCAUCAGAAAGACAUGUGAUCACGAAUGUCAGAAACUUUGUGGCGAAAGAUGUGGUCCUUGUAUGGUCAAGGUCUACGAUAUUCGACUUCCGUGCGGCCACAUCAAACAGACACUGAAGUGUUACCAAACACUCGAUUUGGCAUCAGUAACGUGUGAUGCGCAGGUCGAAAAGACUGUUUCCGUUGCCCCCAGCCUUGCUCUUACAUACACUCAUGUGGCCAUCAAUGCACUGGGACCUGCUGCAGAUGUAGCAAUGAACACGGCGAGGUGGCUCAUCGGAGCUGUAGAAAGAAGUGUGAUCGACCUUACGGCUCUUGUAAUCAUAGAUGUACUAGCAUCUGCCACGAUGGGAAGCCAUGUGGUUCAUGUCAAGCGCCUUGUGAGGUUCGAUGCCCACACUCUGCCUGUCCUUCGCCUUGCAACAAGGCGUGCGCUCCGUGUAUCGAGAAGUGUACUUGGGCUUGUCCUCGUCAAGGAUCUUGUUCAAUGCCGUGCUCAGCGCCAUGCGACCGCCUCCCUUGCGAUGAAUGAUGCACCAGAGUACUUCCCUGUGGUCAUCAGUGCCCAAGCUUCUGCGGAGAAGAUUGUCCCGUUGGUUAUUUUCCUAUCAUAUGCCGAAGUUGAUCUAGACGAAAGCCCGGUCGUGGUACUGAGCUGCGGCCACUUCUUCACUGGAGAAACCCUUGAUGGUUUGGUAGGUCUGGAUGAGGUCUAUACCAGAGACAGAGAAGGGAGUUUCUGUGGUUUGAAGGAUAUCGCCGGGUCUCUUUCGACUAAAGUACCUUUCUGUCCAGACUGCAAGCGACCGAUUCGACAGUUCGCAAUCAAGCGAUACAACCGACUCAUCAACCGAGCCGUCAUGGAUCAGAUCUGCAAGCGAUUCAUGAUCACAGGCCGUGAGCAACUUGAUAGCCUCGAACAGCAACUUCGAAUUCUCGAAGACAAGCUUGACUCCAAUCGUCAGGCCUAUGGACUCAACAAUGGGGUUGGCGUACUACCAAGUAAACGAUACGAGGGACUGGACAAGCUCACAGCGGUGGGCAAAGCUCUUGUGAAGAACAUGAAUGAAGAGAACCAGCCUACCAAAGUCCUCUUCGACGCGAUCGCGACUUCUCGCGCCAAGGCUACCGGUGAUUCGGUGCCUGUCAUUCGACGGAUGGAAGCCUUGAGUCUCUCGCCACCAGCUUCUGACAGCCAAAUUGUUCUGGGGGCAGACCUCCUCGUGAUCAAGGCUCUGGAGAUAAAGCUCAAAGAUUUCAUUACUUUCCUCAAAAAUUGGAAGGACACGGCUGGCGGCGACUUGCUUCGAGGAUGGAUUAAGGAACAAACUAUUCCAUCAAUGCCCAAAGUACUACGCUCUUGCGAGAAGCUCAUUGAACAAGCCCAACAAGCCAAACUUCCUCGAAUCGUCGUUGCGGCAACUUUGGCAUUUGCUAGAGUUUCUCAGCUACUCGCCUGGCGGUCACAGGCCGCUGACAAGUCUUCAGUUCAAAAGUCUGAGGAAAAGAAUACAGAGGCUGUUGAGGACCGAAUGAACACUGCCCGCCAACUCCUCCACAAAGCACUAGAGCAUUGUUCCCAGCUCGGGAACAGCGAUGAAAUGAAAGAGCGAGCUCAAGCCAUGCUUGGACUUUUUGAACCUCGUUACGAAGAAGUGACACCCGAGGAACUGGCGUCGAUCAAGAGUGCCAUGGUGAGUGGCAGAGAUGGCAUUGCCACUCACUCUGGGCACUGGUAUUGCUGUGUCAACGGGCAUCCUUUCGCGAUCGGGGAGUGCGGUAUGCCAAUGGAGGAAGCUCGAUGUCCUGAGUGUGGUGCGGGUAUCGGAGGUCGUAACCACCUGGCGGUGGAUGGAGUAACUCGUGCUGAGGACAUGGAACAAUCUUGA